CCCCCCCCCCGAACACACACAGACUCGAAAAAUGGUAGCUAUGCAGCAGAACCUGAGGACAUCGCUGGCGGCAACGCUUACCGAGACGGGGUUGCUCCGCUCGGACGGACUAAUCAACGGGAAAUGGGUGAAGGCCGCUUCAGGCAGACUGUUUCCAGUGAACGAUCCAGGAACGGACACCAAGGUUGCAUCUGUGUCUGCCUUCGGCGAGGCUGAUGCAAAGCUAGCUGUCUCGGCGGCAGAGCAGAGCUUCGACGCUUGGCGCUCCAAGACUAUGCAGGAGCGGGGGAGGUUGCUAUCUCGCUGGUCUGAGUUGAUCGGCGAAAAUUCGAACGACUUGGCCACCAUCAUGUGUCUCGAGAGCGGAAAACCGAAGGCAGAAUCAAAGGGAGAAGUGAACUACGCCAUGUCGUUCAUAAACAUGUACGCGGGGAUGCAGACGAACGGGAUGGUCCUACCGCAGCAGACCGACAGUCAUCUCCUCAUGGUCACGAAGGAGCCUGUUGGCGUGUGCGCCUUGCUUACUCCGUGGAACUUCCCGGCUGCGAUGUUUACUCGGAAGGCGGCUCCAGCUCUCAUGGCGGGGUGCACCAUCGUCCUCAAGCCAGCGGAAGACACCCCCCUUACCGCGCUUGCCCUGGCUUGGCUGUGGGAACGAGCCGGGGGGCCCAAGGGAGUGGUGAACGUCGUGCCCACCCCGCGGGAGCUGGUGGAGGAGGUCGGCAACGUUCUCACGACCGACGAAGCCGUCAGGAAGAUCUCCUUCACGGGAUCCACCGCGGUGGGAAAGCACCUGCUGAAGCAGGCCGCGGGCACGGUCAAGAAAACGUCCAUGGAGCUGGGGGGCAACGCGCCCUUCGUGGUCUUCGAUGACGCCAACCUUGAGCUGGCUGUAAACGGUGCAAUGACGGCGAAGUUCCGAUUCGGAGGCCAGGUUUGUAUAGCCCCAAACAGGUUUCUGGUGCAGGAGGGAAUCUACGAAGCUUUCGUCGCUAAGAUGGCGGAGCGGAUCAGGGCUCUUCGCGUCGGAGACGGACUCGACUCUCGCACCAACAUGGGGCCCCUGAUCAACCUCGCGGCGAGAGACAAGGUGGCAGGCUUGGUGAAGGACGCCGUCGACAAAGGAGCAGAGGUUGUCUGCGGGGGGCAGCUCGAGCAGCAUGAAAUGGGGAACAACUUCUUCGCACCGACGCUGCUAGGUGGCUGCACGCUGGACAUGCGCAUCAGCCAAGAGGAGAUAUUCGGGCCCGUGGUGGCCGUCAUGAAGUUCAAAGACGCGGAUGAGGCCCUCGCCAUAUCCAACAGCUCGCGUAGCGGAUUGGCCGGGUACGUGUACACGCAGGACUACUCCAGGGGGAUGCGAUUCGCGGGAAGACUUGAAGUCGGAAUGGUCGGAAUGAACGAAAGCUCCAUCUCGAGCUGCGUGGUCCCUUUCGGGGGGGUAAAGGAGAGCGGGAUGGGCAGGGAAGGUUCCGUGAUGGGAAUGGAUGAGUUUAUGGAGGUCAAAUCAAUCUGCCUUGGCGGAAUAUGAUUUUGUUGACCUCUCGCACGACUGACGACUGCGCACGGCUGUCAAUUUUGGUGUAAAUUCGAUGUAACUUCGUCCCCAAGAUAAGCUUCCACGUAAAUUGCACUUUCCUACUUUUGAGGUACGUGCUUGUUUUCCAGGGUGGGAUGGGGCAUGUGAACAGGUGUGUGUUGUAUGACAAGCGAGUGCCACCCUAGUGAGGGUUUUGUAUGAUGAGGAAAUAUGCAGAGCGGCGAGAUCUUUCACUCGUGCAGAGGACAGCGAGUUCGGUUGAAUACCACGAAAGAUUGCGGCAAUCGAGGAGGUGAACGGUAGAUAACCGCCAGAAAUAAAAAAAAGGGUCGUCGGGAAGCGACAAAAGAGUGUAAUAGUGCCCCUCGGAGAUCUGUAGAGACGCAGAGUGCUAGUUGCCGUGGGGUGCACAUAUGUUUGUCUUCGCUGCAGUGAGGAAGGCCUCCAAACAAUCACGAGUGCACGGAUCCCACCGAACGUUGCAACAGCUGCUCGCGAACCUGUCACCAAAGAUAAUGGCUGCG